AUGACUUUUCCUGUGAACCAAGGCCAUGAAACGCUCAAGGGCAACUCCGGAGCACCCACGGCAACACAGAUUAUCGUCUCACCUACUGCUGUUUCCCGCUCUAUCGGUGUGGCGGACUUCCGUUUCCCUGUGGACAUUGCUAUUCUUCAUAGCCAUGCAGCACUCUGA